AUGGACAUCACCAGCUUCAUCGUCCAAGGCCGCGACCAGGCUCUCCUCUACGGCGACUACUCCACCUACCACUCCCAGCUGGCCAAGCGCCUCCUCAACACCCGCAAGAAGCUGGGCAUUGCGACCAGAAACCGCGGCAAGUUCCACAACAAGGACAAGGUCACUGCAGAGGAUGUCGCCGCCAGUCAUGAACACGUUCACCUGUUGCUUCUGACGAGCGAGCGAGCUUUUGCUCAGGCUAUGAGCAUCAAGGCCGCGCACACCGCCGAUCAAAAGGGCCUCUCCAGCCGCACGCGCUCCCACAUCGUCUCGCGACUCGACAAGGCAGCCCGCGCCGCCCAGGACCUCGUCGAUGCCCUCUCCCAAAAGUCUGUGUCUGGUGCGUCGGACAACGAUGUCCUCGAGGCCAAGGCGUACGCCGCCCUCAUCCGAGGCGCAAUGCUGUUCGAAAAGCACACCUGGGAGCCCUGCCUCCAAAGCUACGCCGUCGCCCGCGUUGUCUACAGCGCCCUGGCGAUGACCGGCAGCGGCGACCUAUUCAAAGACCUGCUCUCCGAGACCAUUGACCCCUCUAUCCGAUAUGCCGCCUACCAACUCAAGACCCCCCGAACCGUUCCCAUUCCCGCGAUUGCGCGCAAGGCUUUCCCUCGGUCGGAUGCAGAGCUGGUCCGUGAGGUGGACAAAAUCGACCCGUCCAUCCUGGCUGAUGCCGAUGCGGCGGCCAAGACUGGCAUUACCGCGGAGAGCGCCCCGAGGACCCUGACGUGGCGAUCCAGGGAAGUGCAGAUCGAGGACGCCCAAAUAUCGCUGGCCUGGGCGUCCGUCGAGGCUGCCAAGUCACGUUUGGCUGCGGCCGUCGAGGUAUCCAAGGACAAGGAGCCCCACGAGGUGGCUGCCGUGUACGACGAAAUCUUGACGGCGACCCAAGACGCCGUGGAUGCGACCAAGCAGGCCAUUGACGAACUCAGGGCCGAGGGCGUCGCCCAGAGCGACCCCCGCAUGCAGGGAUUGCAGAUCACCCGCACCGCCGUCAACUACGAGAUGAUCAGCUGGAGAAUCGGCCGAAACCGCGUAUUGACCGGUCCUCAGGAUGGUGCGCCCGAAGUCUACGGCUCGCUGCGGCGGAAGAAGAAGUCCCAGGCUGCCGAGGACGCGGGCAGCAAGGAGAGGGAGUUACCUACGCGCAAGAAGCUGGUGAAGCUCAAAGAAAAGCUGGCACUUUACGACGGCACCCUCCAAAACCUCGAGUCCAUUAACGAACUUCCCGGUGUAGCGGCCGAUGAGGGACUCGCGUCAAGGCUUGACGCGGUUGCAAACUAUUUUGAGUCGCUCAAAUGUCUGUCGAUUGCGCGCUCGCACGCCAUCGUCGGAAACGUCGCCAACGCCCUGGCCCUGAUCAGCCGAGCCGCAGAGCUGUGCCAGGAGUCAGCGUCGAAGCUGCCCAAGAGAUCAGACACGACUGGCUCGUCGGCCCUGAACGUCGAAGUUACGUCGGAGUCAGUGGCGACCCUUGCGAGUCUGCUCGACGGCGAGCUGCAGCGACAUCGUGCCAUUGUUCACAUCGACAACCUCCGCAAGGGCGAAGGCAACGAGGCGGGCCGGCGCUCCAGGAUCCCGCUUCUCGAGCGGCUGCAGGAGUACCCCCCUAAUGGUGUGGACCUGUCCAAUAUUGUCGAGUUCCCGCCCAAGCUGGCGCUCAUCCCCAUGAAGCCCAUCUUCCUCGACGUCGCCUGGAACUACAUUGACUACCCCGGCAAGACCAGUGCCGCCACAGCAACGCCGGCAGCGGCUCCCGGGCCGGCGAAGGAACAGCCCGCGCCGCAAGCGAAGAGAGGAUGGUUCGGCUUCGGGAGGUCAUAG